AUGCUGUCUUGCCAGGAACUCAGCCAUUUGAACACGGGCCCGUCGGCCUCGCCGGAAGCCUGUCGUAGGACCACGUCCUGUACACCACUCCUUCCUAGUACAUCAUGUUGUACUGGUCGUUGA